UGAGUGUUUAGAAUGAAGUAAUCCGAAUGAGCUCAUCAUCCAUCAGCAUCAAAACAAACACCAAUAAGAGGAAACCCUCCUUCUUAGGUGGCAAAACUUGAUUGGUUGUGGCUCUUCAACUUGUUUUUUUUGUCUCGACUCUCGAGCACCACCCUAGUCCUUUUCAAAUUUUUGGAAAUACAAAGAGAAAAACAAUUUUAUAUAUUUCCUAGUUGAAUAAAAGGCGUGUGGUGCCUCUCCAAUUUUCUCCCCCAAUCUAGUGAACACUUUCAAAAACAACUCCACAACGGAGAAUCAUCAUCAUUAUUCAUCGAAGGGAAGAAGGGAAAUAAUGGAGCAAGAGCUACUUAGAGGGCGUGACGUGGCAAAUCAAUUGCUUCAACUUCUUGUUCAUAGAUCCAAUAAUAAUGAUGAACAAGGGUUGACGUUGAUCUUGCCACUUGCUGAAGAUCUUGUGCACCAAGUGCUAAGAUCAUUCACAAACACCAUUUUGCUCUUGAACAUUUCCAAUAAUAGUAAUAAUAUUGAUGAUGCAAUUUUUCCCAUCAAAGAUUUAUCUUCUUCUUCUUCCCCAUCAAGUUGCCAAAAGCAUGAGGAUUUAGAUGAGGCUUGCAAAAGCUUCCACACAAAUAAUGGAAGAGGGCGCUACAAGAGAAAAACAACUGCACCAACUUGGGAGAAGGACAAUCCAAUUUUACUUGAAGAUGGCCAUGCAUGGAGAAAGUACGGACAAAAGAAGACAAUGAAUUCGAAAUACCUCAGGAACUACUACAGGUGCAGUCAUAAGCAUGAUGAGGGUUGCCCAGCAAUGAAACAUGUUCAAAGAAUUCAAGAGAAUCCUCCAUUAUACCGAACUACCUAUUAUGGUCAUCACACUUGCAAGAACACUAAUUAUUAUAAUAACGAGGAAUCAAUUAUUUUGGAACAUGAAUCCAAAUCUUCAAUGUUCCUUAGCUUCAAUAAUAACAAUAACAAUAUCAUCCCAAUUUUGAGAUCAACAAAACAAGAGGCAGUGGAAUUAGUGAUUCAUGAUCAUCACGAUGACCAUAGUGUUGCUACUCAUCAUCAGAGUCAAUUAUAUGAUCACUAUGAAGUUGAUUUAGAAUAUUCUAGGCAUAAUGUUGCUAUGCUAUCAUCAUCAUCAUCACCAUCUUGCACUGAUGAUACUACUGUUCAUCAGUUUGACAAUAUUUAUUAUUAUGAUUUUGGAUGGGACUUGGAUUUUGAUGUCUUGGCAUGUUUUGAUCAUCAUCAAGAUCAGAUUACGAUGAUUAUGUAAGAUUUUUAAUUUGCUUA